CGUAUGGACGUCGCAUUGGCGUCACAUUGAAUGCAGAACAACCGUGCACUGCUCUUUGGGCGAAUGCUGUGUUAGAGGGGAGAGGAAAGUUUCUUUCCGUGAGAUGAGAAGAAAGAAUCGUUUGCUUCACUUCAUUAGAUCAAGAUGCGAUAUUGGUAUAUUUGCAAUUAAAUUUUGUGAGGAGAAAACUACACUGAUGGAAAUUGCUAUGUAGCACCUUCUUGAAUAAAGGAAAACUCAGACAAAUUAUUUUCAAGACAAUAUGGAAGCGUGUGAUUUCUGCGAUAAAGAGUUUAAUAACACUGCCCUGCUAAAGGAACAUUUUAAGACGCAUAUAAGCAUUGUACAAAGCAUGGAAGCAUGUGAUAUAUGUGGUAUGAAUUUAAGUGAUUCCUCUCAGCUCAAGGAACAUAUGCAGACACACACAGGGGAGAAACAAAACAUAGAAACCUGUGAUUUAUGUGGAAAUGACUUUAUUGACUUCUCUCAGCUAAAGGAACACAUCAAGACACAUAGAGAGGAGAAACCAGACAUGGAAUCAUGUGAUGUCUGCUAUAGAACGUUCACCGACUUCUCUCAGCUAAAGGUACACAUUAGGACACACAUAGACAAGAAACUAAACACGCAAAAAAGUGAUAUAAAUCAUAAGGAAUUCCGUUACUCCUCUCAGCAAGAGGAACAUAGCGAGAAAAAUGAAGGUGAGGAAAUAAUGAUGAAUUCAGGUAAUGCAAGUGAUGUAGAGCCAAGUACAUUCUCCUUGCUAAAGGAACAGAAUGAGACAGAUACAAUGAAAAAUAUAGACAAUUUCAGGUGCAAAAUCUGUGACCAAGGGUUUAGAAGAAUAAGUGAUAUGCAAACACACAUUGCGACGCAUACAGGAGAGAUAACAGUCACAUGUGAUGUCUGUGGUAAAAAAUGUAGUUCCGUUCCAUGCCUAAUGAAACACCUCAAAAAGCAUAAGUUAAGUUCACAGAAGAAGCAGAACGUGUGUAAGUACUGUGGUAAGGAAUUUAAGCUUGGACUAAGCCUACAAAGACAUCUUCAGACACAUAAAGCUGGGCAGUCACCAACAUAUGAUGUGUCUAGUCAGGGUUGGGAUUCAACAUCUGUGCCACAAAAUAAUUUGAAACGACAAGAAAUCAUGUCAUACAAGUGUGUUGUCUGUGACGUAGAGUUUCCACUCUUAAGCGAUUUGCAAAACCACAUCUUGACGCAUGACGGUUGUGGCAAGGAUUUUGUUCAGGCUACUUUUCAUCAAAAGCAUGCGAAGACUUCAUGUAUAGGACUGACGCCAUAUGUGUGCGAUAUUUGUGGUGAACACUUUUCAAAGAUGUUAGAACUAUCUGCACAUUUACGGACACACAGGAGGAAAAGGUCAUACCAGUGUGGUAUCUGUGGUAUGGAGUUUGCACAGAGCUGUCACUUGUCAACACAUGUCAGAACACAUACAGGCGUGAAACCGUAUCAUUGUGAUAUCUGUGGCAAGGAAUUUUCGCAGAAAAGUAAUCUGCUUACGCAUAAAACAUUACAUACAGGAGUGAAACAAUAUGAUUGUGAUAUCUGUGGAAAAGAGUUUUCGCAGAAAGUUAAUCUUCUUAAACACAGCAAAAAACAUACAGAAGUGAAACUAUACACACAUGAUAUCUGUGGUAAGGAGUUUUCACAGAGAGAUGAUUUACAUACACACAGCCAAACACAAACAGAAGUAAAACAAUACAAAUGUGAUAUCUGUGGUAAGGAGUUUUCUCGGAAAAGCAAUCUUGUUGUACAUGUCAGAAUACAUGCAGGUGUGAAACCACAUCAGUGUAAAAUCUGCGGUAAGGUGUUUUCGCAGAAAUCUAAUCUAAUUACACACAGCAAAACACAUACAAGAGUGAAACCAUUUAAAUGUGGUAUCUGUAGUAAAGAAUAUUUGGGGAAAAAUUAUCUUCUAACACAUGUCAAAAAACAUAAAGAUGAAAAACCAAACACGGAACUCGGAGAGGUACCCAACAAAGAGAAAAAUUCAGUGAUGCAUGUGUGAAACCAUAUCAGUGUGAUAUCUGCGGUAAGGUGUUUUCGCAGAAAUGUAAUC